AGGCAUGGGAAGGCACAUAAAAACAGAAAAGCUUUGGACUUUCCAAAGCCUUUAUCUGAUAACGGCUUUAGUUCAUGAGAUGACCACGAGAUUAAACCUUGAAAGGUCUACGUAGUCGUACAUCCCAUAAAUUGAAACAAUCCGUCACACAUACAACCCUUCUGAAUGUUGGUGCCCCUGCUGCCUCCGCCUCCGCCUCCACUCCACGGGGCUGUCAACUGCUCGACUACUCCAAGGGUGCAUGAUAUAAAAUCCAAUUAUAGCCCAAUUUGAAAAAAUACGAGUAGAAGGGGGACUAAGAGUCUCAAGUCAGAACAGAUUACUACAGGUUUACUGUGAACCACCAAAUUUCAGCUACUGCAGUAUGAACACCAACACCUUCAAACCACCUCCUACCAAUCUCACUCUCUCUCCUCCCCCAAAUUUCCCAGAAAUCUCAAACUGCAAAGCUAUCAAACACUUUAAACAAAUCCAUGCCAAACUUAUCAAAACUUCCCAAAUUCAUGACCCUCUCAUUUCUGCUGAACUCCUUAGGUGUUCCGCUUUCGCGCUUAAAAAUCUCGACUAUGCUCGUCUUCUGUUCUACCGUAUGAACCAUCCCAACCCCUUUUCAUACAACACCAUUAUUAGAGCUAUUGUUGAUUUACAAGAUAACCCAAUUGAAGCUUUGUCUAUAUUUACCCUUAUGUUGCGUGAUGAUUCUCUCUCUCCUAACAAGUUCACUUUCCCUUCUGUGCUUAAAGCCUGUGGCAAACUCAGAAAUUUGAUUGUAGGUAAACAAGUUCAUGCCCAGUUGAUAAAAUUGGGAUUAGAAGAUGAUGAAUUUGUUGUUAGCAAUCUUUUGAGGAUGUAUGUCAUGUGUGGUAUUAUGGAUGAUGCUCAAUUAUUGUUUUUUAAUAGGGGUUUGCUUGAUGAUUAUAGUGUUAAUAGUAAUAAGUUUUUGGAUAAUAAUGGUGUUAGUAAGAGGAGGCAAGAAGGUGAUGUAGUUUUGUGGAAUGUGAUGGUUGAUGGGUAUAUUAAACUUGGGGAUAUGGAAGCUGCACGCCAACUGUUUGAUAAAAUGCCUCGGCGAAGUGUGGUUUCGUGGAAUGGGAUGAUUGCUGGCUAUGCUCAGCGCGGUUGGUUUAGGGAUGCUAUUGGGGUUUUUAGAGAGAUGCAGAUGGUGGAUGAGAAUGUUAAACCGAAUUAUGUAACAUUGGUUAGUAUCCUUCCGGCGAUUUCCCAUUUGGGUGCCCUUGAGUUAGGCAAAUGGAUUCAUUUGUAUGCCGAGAGAAGUGGAUUUGAGAUUGGUGAUGUGCUUGGCUCUGCACUGAUUGAUAUGUAUUCUAAGUGUGGUAGUGUUGACAAGGCACUUCAGGUCUUUGAAAGCCUUCCGAAAAAGAGUACUAUAACAUGGAAUGCUGUUAUCAAUGGACUUGCUAUCCAUGGUCGUGCAACCGAGUCUAUUCACUAUUUCUCAAUGAUGCUAGGUAUGGGGAUAAAACCUAGUGAUGUUACCUACAUUGGUGUUUUGACUGCAUGUAGCCAUGGGGGAAAGGUGAAUGAAGGCAAGAUGUUCUUUGAUCAUAUGAUAAGAGUAGCCGGGUUCAAGCCUAGGAUUGAACACUAUGGUUGCAUGGUUGAUCUCCUAGGUCGUAAUGGACUCUUAAAAGAGGCUGAGAAUUUUAUAUGUGACAUGCCCAUGAAACCUGAUGCUGUCAUUUGGAAGGCCCUGUUGGGUGCGUGUAAGAUGCAUGGGGACAUCGAAAUGGGAAGACGAGUAGCUAAGCAUCUAAUGGAGAUCGCUCCUGAUGAUAGUGGAUCGUAUGUUGCUCUAUCAAAUAUGUAUGCAUCUUUAGGGGACUGGGAUGGUGUUGCUCAUGUUAGGUUGUUAAUGAAAGAUAGAGAUGUAAGAAAAGAUCCUGGAUGCAGCUGGAUUGAGCUUGAUGGAGUAAUCCACGAGUUUCUCGUAGAAGAUGACUCACAUCCAUGUGCGAAGGAGAUCCAUUUGAUGUUGGAGGAGAUUUCUAACAAAUUACAGUCCAUAGGUUAUCAGCCAAAUACCACACAAGUUUUCCUAAAUGUGGAUGAAGAAGCAAAACAAACUGCCUUGUACCAUCAUAGUGAAAAGAUUGCUGUUGCGUAUGGGUUAAUCAGCACCAGUCCUAAAACACCACUUCGGGUGGUUAAGAAUCUUCGAAUAUGUGAAGAUUGUCAUUCAUCAAUUAAACUGAUAUCAAAAUUGUACAGCCGGAAGAUUGUUGUCAGAGAUAGGAAGCGCUUCCAUCAUUUUGAGGAUGGAUCGUGUUCUUGUAACGAUUGUUGGUGAAUUCUCCAUGAAAUAAAUGAUUACGUUUUUGUUAUUGAAAGAUUUGUAGGAACCAGCUCGAGGUCUAUGAUAUACAGAAAGGGCUUGCUGUAAUUAAGUAAACUACAGAGUAUAGAGAAGUUUUAGUGAGGUAUUCUCUUUGACCUCAGCCUCAAUAGGUACCCCAGUAAUAUAUUCUAAGCCUCAAGCCCUCAAUAUCUAGACCAUUUAACUAUUAGUGAUGUAUUUUGGGAUGUAAAUAUCCUCAAUAAGACAUUAGACAUAAACAAAGAAUUCAAAA